AUGGAAAAAUACUUUCCACAAACCCUGAGAGACCGUAAGAAGACAGAGUUUUUGCAACUUAAGCAGGGAAAGAUGACAUUGGUUGAUUAUGAGAGGAAGUUCGAACAACUUUCUAGCUCGGACUACGCCCCAGAAAUUGGAGGAAUCAUGGCAUCUCAUGAAUUUACCACGUACUGUCAAGUUCUACAACAAGCUCAAGCUAUUGCAAAUCGACUAGAACUCGAUCAAACAACUCAAGAAAGUACCGAAUUUUCAGGAAAGAGGAAAUGGAAUGGGACGAAUGAAGGUAAAGGAAAUGGACAAAAUAAGAGGGCUAGUUUUGAAAGGCGGUUAGAGUCAAACAAGCCGAAUAAUGUUCUUACUCCUUGUCCUAAGUGCAAUAAGGCUCAUAGAGGCGAGUGUUUGUAUGGAAAGAAUGUAUGCUAUCAAUGUGGAAAGCAAGGUCAUAUUGCUACCAAUUGUGAGGAACCCCUACCAAAGAGGGACAACGAUCAAAGCAAAAAGGGACCAGCUAGAGUCUUUGCUUUAACCCAACAAGAGGCAACUGAGAAUUAG